AAAUAUAAUAAUGCUUCAUUAUACCAGUUAUCAUGUAUAAGUUUAGUUUAUUGUUAUUACUCGUUAUAAACAACGAAGCAGUGGAAAAAAAUGAUUGUCCAACUGAAUGUCCUUUAUACAAAUGCCUGACAGGAUACGAAUUAGCUAGAAAGGACAAUAAAAGUUGCCCGGAGUGUACCAAAAUUGAAGAUAAACCAAAUUGCAGUGAAUUAUGUGCUACACCUGAAUGUAAUGUAGGAGAGGAGAUUUACAAACCUCCCAAUCAAUGUUGCUCAAUAUGCAGGAAAACUCCUUGUUGUAAAGAAGAUGCUUGUGCAACUGUAAGAUGUGUAGCUUAUAAUUGUGACGUAGGACAAAAUUAUGGAGGAUAUUGUAACUGUUGUCCUUGUCAAAAUCACACCUUAACCAUAGGUUGAUAAAACUUUAUUGUGUUAUAAUAUUUGCUUAAUUAAAUAAAGUUACUGUACUAAA